CCCUUUCCUUCAGCUUUCAAACAUAGAACUAUCUCAUGAUCUGAAAAACCCAAUCAGAUCCAGGGCUGGAUUACCCUGCUUUUUGUUCCAUGACAGAGCAUCUCAUCAAUCCACAGAAAAAAGACAAAAAAGAGGCUCACUGCACACCUUGCUUCCUUCACUUCACCCAACCUAAUACCUGUAACUUUAGAUGGACCCCCCACAAUCUGGAACUCCUAUUGUUCCAUUCAAACCAAUAGAUUUUGAAGCUUAUCCAAUCGUCAGUCAGGCCACAGUCGAACAUCUGCGGAACUCACUGCGACAAUGCGAACUCAUGAGAGAUCACAUCCUACAGCAGUCAGCAGACUUGAUAGCUCAAUCUCGCUCUUUCGAUCUUCCCAAAUCUAGCAUCCCGCCCGCCACGGGUGCUACCAAGCUACAACAAUCGUCUGGCUCUGCGCGACAUCCCAGCCUGCAACAGAAGCCAAGCGGCUUUACGAAAUGCUCACCAUCGUUCGAGCUCGAGCCAGUUGCCCCAAGUGGAAACUGUGGGUCAAGCUCACAUGCACACAAGAUGUCCGGGUCCCUUGUGCACCAGCCAAAUCUCACGGGGACGAAAUCGCCGGCAUCCCCUGCUAAUUGCCUCAGCCCCGUUAGAGACGCGUCUCAUUCGAGCUCGCGCAAGAGGAGGUCCUCGCAGGUCGAUCAGCGCCCUUUGACACCCCCCAAGAAGCACAACAGUUCGCCUGGUGCUGCGCCCCCAAAGGCCUCAGCCAUCGAUCAUCUAAUUUACGACACGCCUUCCACGGACUGGAAGAAACCUUCUCCUGAAGACAUUAGACAUUUCAAACCUGAGCAUCAAUUAGUCGCUGCAUGCCCAUCAGAUUUGACCAUCCAUGGAGAAGACAGCAAAGUACGGCUGCCAUCGGAGACGCGUCAGGCUUAUUCGGGAUCGCCUUCUCCGGAUGACAGCGCCGAAAUCUUUCUGGGAACGGAUGUUGGCGGCUCGCCCCUAUUCACGAGCUCCCGAAAUACCUUUCCCGCAACCCAACCUUCAGUUGAUGAGCAUCCCGAACUAUCGGUUUUUCUUGCGGAUGAAAAACCGAUCGAUCCGCCUGUUCCCACGCGUCCCCCACCCCCCUCGACCAUCGGCCGCGCCCCAGCCAGUGCUCCAAUUGCCCUACAGGCCAAGCCACAGCCAUCGUCCACCAAACAGCUCUUCAUCCCAAAAGCGACACCUGCCACCCGAAAGCCCCGCCAGAUAACCUCACCUGUCAGUAAACGGUCUUCGCUCAAGAACGUACCCGCGAUCCGCCCUUGCAUCACCAAUAAGCAGCAACAGUCCAAGCCGAACGAUGCCCGUAGAGUUCCAAGUCUCAAGUCUGAGAAAAGAGUCCAAAUACUGGAUCAGACUAAAAUUCUGAACCAGAACAACCCCCCAAACCCGCUCAGUCAUCACAAUGAGACAUGGGAAACCAUGUCUAAAAACCCUCAUUUGCGACAGAAACGUGUCCAAAUGCUUUUUGAGCCCACAAUACUCAACGAGAACGACCCCCCGAACCCGCUCAGUCAUCACAAUGAGACCUGGGAAGCCAUGCCUCAAGACACUCAUCUGCGACGUCAGUCGAUCGACUUCGACCAAGAAAAUUGUAAGACGGACAAGGCGAUGGCUCCCCAAUUCCUUAAGCCAUUAUCAGUCUAUCCACCCGAGCCCUUCCCUCCGAUUCAAAAGCCACAAGCCCCGUUGAUAGAAUUUGACAAGUUACCACCUUUGGGGCGCCGAUUAGAGGCAGCGAUGGAGGCCCAUGUGUCGUCUUGGCCGGUCCGUCAACUGGUGAUGGCGAUGAACCAGAUCGUCUCGUACCGGAUCGAAGUGCUCGGCUGGCCGUCGAUGGUCGCCCACCAGCCGAUCCCAAUCGAGGAUCUUCGCGCGGCUCUCCAUGCCACCAAUCCUGAUAAAACACUCCAUAUCAUCAUGGCUUGUCGUAAGAAGAACCCCCAUUGUGUCGCCUUCACAGACAUCUUCUCUCAACAAUCAGUUCAAAACCGCCUCCUAAUUGCGGGCCAUGGCCUAAAUACCACCGUUCAACUCAAGAGAGACUUUACCCGUAUUGGACUUACGUAUUUCCCGAUGAUUAGGACUUUACGUGAACUUUAUCUCAAGAACCGCAGGGUAGCAGAAUGGGGAGAAUUCCGGGAUACAUUUGAGGCCCGGCAGCUCAGCACGCCGAACAGUGUCGUGCCCUCGGUCCUGGUCGAUGGGGCGGCGAAUCUGCAGAAGUAUGCCCAAGCGGCGGCCAACGACGGGAUCGUCGACAUCAUCCAGAACGGCUUCAUCGUUGCCCAUCACAAGCUCGACGGCCAUGCCCUCGAUAAACUUGUCCGGAUCAGCCUCAAAUCCGAGUGGUGGAGCGCCAGUAAUCCUUACUACGUACCCCCUGAAAUCGCUAUGCUUCCUAACCAAGAGAAAGGACAUCUCAACAGAUUCUGUCCCAAACUCUUCCAACCACAGCAAACUCUUCAUCAGCACCAAAAAGAGGAGGAGGAACACAAGCUGCAGCAGGAGCAGGAAGAAGAAGACAGUUAUUCAUAUGAAGAGUAUGAUAGUCUUUAUGAUGAAGAAUACAAGCCAUAUCAUGAUGAAUCUGAUGAUCCUGAAUAAAUAGCAUCAGUCUUCAUCACGUGUAUCAACCUGGGUUCAGUCACAAAA